AUGAAUAGAUUGUAUGGACCAAACAGUGAACCUGAUGGAAAUUUGAGUCAACAAAUCCAAAUGUUAGAAAAAGAAAUUCAAAGAAUGAAAAGUCAUUUAACAAUUUUACAAAAGAAGUUAACAACCGAAAUGAAUAUUAACGAAACAUUGCUCAAGGAGAACAAAGAACUUAAGAAUCAUACACUAAAAUGUAAGAUCUGUCUUGAGAAAGAUAUCACACAUUAUUUUACACCAUGUCAUCAUUUGGUGACAUGUAAAACAUGUGGGUAUAAAUUAAAUUUUUUUAAAUGGUUAAUAUUUUUAAAACGUCAAUCAACAGCAUUAACAGCUAAUAAUUUGUC